CUCACUCUUUUUAUCUCAUCUCCCUUCAAUCCUCUCUCUUUCUCUCUCCUCAUAACCUAACUAUAAACACCCCAUGGGGCGUUAAAUAAGUCUCUCUCAUUCAAUCCUCUUCCGCUCUUGCCCGUCUUUGCAGGCUCAACUUAUUUCUCGCAUUCUCUCUGUAAGUUAGAAUUAAUGGAGCUUUAAUGGCGGAUAGAAGUGGAGCUGUUUCCAAUACUCUAUAACGAAGACACGCCCUUCGCCAUCAUUUCUGAUUGCCUCAGUUAAAGGUUCAAAGCUUUUGGGAUUUGGGAAUUAGCUUUUUGGUUCAAAGUUACUUCUGCAAGCUUCAAAUUUUGGAUUUAAGGUUGAGAGUGGUUAAUAAAAUGGCCCCGAGGAGUAAUAGUCGUGGCAAGGCGAAAGGCGAGAAGAAGAAGAAAGAAGAAAAGGUCCUUCCGGUGGUGCUCGACAUCACAGUGAACCUUCUAAACGAUUCUCAAGUUAUCUUAAAGGGAAUAUCGACCGAUAGAAUAAUUGAUGUUCGUCGCCUGUUAUCAGUGAACACAGAGACAUGUAGUAUAACAAACUACUCAUUAUCACAUGAGGUGCGAGGGCAACGGUUAAAGGAUUCAGUUGAUGUUGCUGCUUUGAAGCCUUGCGUUUUAACUCUCGUUGAAGAGGAUUACAACGAGGAAGCAGCAGUUGGGCACGUUAGGAGACUGCUAGAUUUAGUUGCCUGCACCACCGGCUUUGGACCUUCUAGAAUCAGAAAGGACUGUGCCUAUGAGUGUUCAAAUAAUGGAGGGAUCCAUGACAAGGCAAAACCCAAGAGCCAAAGAAACCAGCAACCCCUUUCGGCCAAUGAGACAGGGGAGAUGGAAGAGGAAGAGAGAGAAAUGAAUGGGGUUUGCCCAAAACUUGGUCAUUUCUUUGAGUUCUUCUCUCUGUCGCAUCUCACUCCUCCUGUUCAAUUCAUAAGGAGGUCUACAAGACAAUAUAAUGAUAUUCUACUGAAAGAUGACUUAUUUUCCCUUGAGGUGAAGCUUUGCAAUGGAAAGUUGAUAUUUGUCCAAGCUUGCACCAAAGGGUUCUAUAAAGUUGGGAAGCAGCAAAAUAUAUGUCACAAUUUAGUUGAUUUAUUACGACUGCUAAGUCGAGCCUUUGCUAAUGCUUAUGAUGAGCUCAUGAAAGCAUUCUCUGAGCGUAAUAAGUUUGGGAAUCUUCCUUAUGGAUUUCGUGCAAACACGUGGGUUGUUCCUCCUUUUGCUGCAUCUUUUCCAGCAGUUUUCCCACCACUCCCUGCUGAGGAUGAAGCUUGGGGAGGAAGUGGUGGUGGUUUGGGAAGAGAUGGUAAAAGUGAUAUGAGACCUUGGGCCAGUGAGUUCUCUUUUUUAGCAUCAAUGCCUUGUAAAACACCAGAGGAGCGCCAAAUUCGUGAUAGGAAGGCAUUUUUGCUUCACAGUCUAUUUGUAGAUGUUGCUGUCUUCAGGGCCAUAUCUGCGGUGAAGAAUGUUAUGGAGAAUGUGGAUUCCAUAUCGGAAGUUGAUAACAGUGAUGAAAUUUUUCCUAUGGAGAAAGUUGGGGAUUUGAAUAUCACUGUUAGAAAAGAUGUACCUGAUGCAAGUUGUAAAAUAGAUAUGAAAAUUGAUGGAAGUCAGAUAACUGGGGUUCCACCCAAGUCCCUUGUGGAAAGGAACUUACUCAAAGGGAUAACUGCUGAUGAAAAUACAGCAGCACAUGAUAUUGUCACAUUAGGCACGGUCACUGUAAGAUAUUGUGGUUACAUUGCAGUAGUGAAAGUUGAUGGAAGUAAGACAAAUGAAGUCACUCAACUGCAAGAUAUUGAUAUCAUGGAUCAACCUGAAGGGGGCGCCAAUGCCCUAAACAUGAAUAGUUUGAGGACUUUACUUCACAAGAGGCCUCUCUCACAAGGUUCACAACAAAAAAGAGUGCUAUCCCAGUCACAUAAUUCGGAAGCUGAAGCGAUGAACGAAGCCAAGAUUUUUGUGAAGAGAAUAUUGGAGGAUAGUCUUGCUAAGCUUCAGGCCGAAGAAGCAGAUAGAAAUGUUUUCAUUAGAUGGGAACUGGGAGCUUGUUGGAUACAGCAUUUGCAAGAUCAACUCAACGCAGAUAAGGACAAAAACAAGACUACUGAGAAAACUAAGAACGAAUCAACUGUAGAAGGACUUGGAAAGCAACUUCGGUUCCUAAAGAAUAUUAAAAAAAAGACAGAAGCUGGAAACGAAAAAGCAAGUGGAAAGUCUUUCGACAAGGUGGUUGGUGGUGAAAAUGAAAAUAAGGUUCAUCCUGUUGAACCUGAGUCUGAUAAGAAAGCAACUGAAAACGAGCUAGCUCUCAAGAAGAUACUGCUCGAUGCAUCCUUUAUGCGGCUGAAAGAAUCUAAAACAGGACUUCAUUGUAAGUCUCUGACGGAGCUCCUUGAGAUGGCGCAGAAAUAUUAUGAUGAUGUUGCUCUACCAAAGCUGGUUGCAGAUUUUGGUUCAUUGGAACUUUCGCCAGUUGAUGGUCGCACUUUGACUGAUUUCAUGCAUACAAGAGGUCUACAAAUGCGUUCUUUGGGGCAUGUGGUGAAGCUCUCAGAAAAGCUUUCUCAUGUGCAAUCACUUUGUAUUCAUGAGAUGAUAGUUAGAGCUUUCAAGCAUAUUUUGCAAGCAGUAGUUGCUGCUGCUUCGAGAACUGGUAACUUGGCCUUAUCAAUAGCUGUAGCCCUAAAUUUGAUGCUUGGAGUUCCUGAAAAGGGAGAACCUCAUGGCAGUUGCAACCUGCACUCUGUUGUAUGGAGAUGGCUGGAGACAUUCUUGAAGAAGAGAUAUGACUGGGAAUUGAGCUCUAUUAACUACCGAGACAUAAGGAAAUUUGCCAUUCUGCGAGGAUUGUGCCACAAGGUAGGAGUUGAGCUUGCGCCCAGGGAUUAUGAUAUGGACGGCCCAAAUCCCUUUCAAUCAGGAGAUAUUAUAAGCUUGAUACCAGUGCAUAAGCAAUUGGCAUGCUCAUCUGCAGAUGGGCGGACACUUUUGGAAUCAUCAAAAACAGCUCUUGACAAGGGUAAACUUGAAGAUGCUGUCAAUUACGGGACAAAGGCUUUAGCAAGACUUGUAGCGGUAUGUGGCCCUUACCAUCGCAUGACCGCUGGUGCAUACAGCCUUCUAGCUGUAGUCCUCUAUCAUACUGGGGAUUUUAAUCAGGCAACAAUAUACCAACAGAAAGCUCUAGAUAUUAAUGAAAGGGAGUUGGGCCUUGAUCAUCCAGAUACAAUGAAGAGCUAUGGAGACCUUGCUGUUUUCUAUUAUCGCCUUCAACACACAGAGCUGGCAAUAAAGUAUGUAAAGCGUGCCUUAUAUCUUCUGCACCUUACUUGUGGACCAUCCCAUCCGAAUACUGCUGCUACUUAUAUUAAUGUGGCUAUGAUGGAAGAAGGGUUAGGGAAUGUUCAUGUUGCCCUGCGGUAUUUGCAUAAGGCCCUAAAAUGUAACCAACGGUUGCUUGGUCCAGAUCAUAUUCAGACCGCAGCAAGUUACCAUGCGAUUGCCAUUGCUCUUUCUUUGAUGGAGGCAUACCCUUUGAGCGUUCAGCAUGAGCAGACAACAUUGCGAAUUCUCCGGGCCAAGCUUGGUCCUGAUGAUCUGCGUACGCAGGAUGCUGCUGCGUGGCUUGAAUAUUUUGAAUCCAAGGCUUUUGAACAGCAAGAAGCUGCUCGAAAUGGUACUAGAAAACCGGAUGCAUCCAUUGCCAGCAAGGGCCAUCUUAGUGUUUCAGAUUUGCUCGAUUAUAUAAAUCCCAAUCAAAAUCUCAAAGGGAAAGAUAGUGAUGUAGCAAAAAGAAAAGGCCAUAAUACAAAGAUUAAAGGAAGGUCCUUCCAAAUUUCUAGCUUAGCAGGUUUUAAGGAGGCCUCAAAUGAUCCAUGGAUGCGAUCUCCAGAGGAAGUAAAACAAGCCAGCAAGCCUGAAACAGUCGAAGAGGUAGAAACGGGUAGUGCCCCAUUGAUCCCUUCAAAAAAUAUUGAGGAAAAAGUAACUGUAAAUGAGCCUGCUUCCAUUUACGAAGCAUCAUCUAAUACCAAUAAUGAAGGGGAUGAUGGGUGGCAAGCUGUUCAAAGGCCAAGAUCAGCUGGCAUGGCUAGGCAGACUUUCAGGCAGAGGCGAUCAAGUGUAGGAAAGAUCCACAAUUACCAGAUUAAAGAACCUAAUCUUGAAGCAGUGCAAGAGCAGAGAAUAACAAGGAAUUCUUAUAUGAGCAAUCGUUAUUAUAAAGUUUCUAAGACCUCAUCACCUGCCACAAAAUUUGGAAGGAAAAUGGUCAAGGCAGUGACCUAUCGUGUUAAGUCUGUGGCUUCUGCUGGCAACAGUGCUGCACCGGAAUUAUCAGGAACCAGAAGUGAAAAUGAGAUAUUAAAGCAUUCAGCCAGCUCUAAUCCAAAACGUGAACCAGGCCCAACUGGUUCUACUAUUGAAGCAAUGGCUUUUCACUUACCUGUAUCAACAAAUAAUAAUAUUGCAGGUGGUCUUGGGAAAACACCUUCUUACAAAGAUGUGACACUGGCACGACUAGGAACUAGUGUUAAGACACCAGAGAUACCAGUGGAACAGCCUAAGGAAGAUACUUCCAUGAAGUUGAAGCAGUUAGAUAAAGCAGCUGGGGUGCCAGAUCUGGGUUCUGAUGAUUCUGCCCCUAAGUUGACUUCCCCAUCUUGUUUAACUGAUGUAAAUGACGAAGAGAAAGAGGACAAAAAUAUUGACAUUUGCAAGGAAGAUUCAUUGUCUCAUAAAGAAGAGGCAACAGUGGUGACCAGUGCAGAGGAACAAAGGCAUCUUGAAUCUUCCGAAAAGGCUUCUAUCAUGGAGGAGAUAGAACAAAAUGAUUCUAGUGGCACUUUUGCUGGCAUAAAGGAGAGAGAGAAGCCCCUUCUUUCCAUCGAGACAGCUACUUCAUUGAAAGAAGACUUUUCUGAUACUGCUCAGAUUGAGAAUUCAAGCUUAAGCUCUAAUACAGUCGAGGAAGUUGAUAGUCAUGAGAAUUCAGCGACUGCAGGGGUCAAUAAUGCUGAGCAGAAUAUGGAAGAGCAUGGUGUGGCUUCUGGAAAUGUAUCGGACUCACCCACGAGAAAACUAUCUGCUUUAGCCAUACCUUUUAACCCUGGCCCUGCCAAUUUCCAUCCAUCAGUCUCUAUGGGUCGUGUAUGGAAUGUACCCAUCCAACCCAACAUCAUACCCAUACCACCCAUGUCACCCAUCAUGUCUGUAUCUCCUGUCACCCCCAUCUGUGCAUCUCCUCACCACCCAUAUCCACCAUCACCUCCAAGACAACCCAACAUGAUCCAUCCAUUGCCAUACAUGUACCCAUCUUAUGUUCAACCCCAACCAAUGCAUAACGGUCCCUUCCCUCUAAAUGGGAUUGCUUUUCAUGCUAGUCAUGCAUGGCCAUGCAAUAUGAACCCUAAUGCUGCUGAGUAUGUUCCUGGUGUGGUAUGGUCUGGAUGUCAUCCAUUUCCUAUACCCCCACAUGUUGAGGAUUCGGUAUCAAUACCAAAUCCUGAGGAACCCAGAUCAGAAAAGGAUGACUCGAGGUCUCUAUUGGACUCGCAAAACACUGAAGGAGAAACCAAGAAGGAAGACCAAAGUUCAGUAACAAGUGUAGGUAAUGAAAGUAAAAACAAUGACGACUCUACUUUGAGUGGGAAUGCAACAGUUAAGGGUGAAAUAAAUUGUGAUCAGGUGCCUGAAGAAAAAAGUGUUGACUUGAAAGCAGCCCCUGAGAGCAUUUGUGGGAAAAAUGGUGCAAAAAUGGAUGGAAAAAGCAUUAGUAUUGUGAUAAAAGGUAGAAGAAACAGGAAACAGAAUGUGAGGAUGCCCAUAAGUUUGCUGAACCGGCCAUAUGGGUCGCAAUCUUUUAAGGUUAUUUAUAACAGAGUAGUGAGAGGGAGCGAACCUCCCAAACCCACACACAUGACCUCAAGCAAUGAUAAUUUUCUGCCUCAAGGCGAAAAUAACAUGAUGUGAAAUUGUGAAUGUAUUUUUUAUUUUCACAUUUUGAGAUCACUGAAGAAACAGUGAAGAAUUUGGGAGGGGCUCUCUCAGUUCGGAGUUAUCUUUUUUACGAUUCAGCUACUGGUAUAUUCUUUCUGACAAAUUGUUGACUGCUUCCCACCAAGCUUAUGGAGAAAAAUAAAGAAUUGACAGGAGUCUUAAAGUCUUGUGCAUGACUAAGUCAAUUGUGGCAGACAAUUUUAAGGCUGUGGAAUAAAUACCCCUGAGAAACAUGGAGAUCGUUUGGGUUGAUGCCACUUUGGGUUUUGGGUAUUCUUGCGCCCAUGAUCCAUCUUAGGGUAAGGUGCUGGGGAGGACAUUUUAUUAAUUCAUCAGACUUGGUUGGCUUAAUCUUUUCAUAAACUGGGGGACACGUUACCUCGCUAGUUUUGUUUACAUGUUACAGUGAUUUUAGUAAGUCCACAAAAAUUCUAUUUGCUUCGGUUUAUCAUGAACAGUUAAAAUAAGGAUGCUGAAUUAUUUUUUUCUUUGUUGUGUUGAAAAGAUAUUUAAGCAGGAUUUCUGGUUCUGCUGUGGGUACUUUUUGAGUAAUAUAUGUUUUAAAAUGGUCAACGUCAUUACUAAGCAAGGAUGGCUGCAAAAGGAGCAAAACAAUGAUCAUAUAAGGUGUCCCAAAUGGUCACUCAGUUGCUGUUUUCUAGAUUAAAACCUUGUCUAAAGUAAAUGAAUUAAAUGUUUGUAUCAGGGAUUCUGUCCCUUAAUUUCUCUGUUUCACUCUGAAAUACUGCUGCUUCAUAAAUGACAGUAGGUGUUUUUGUUUGUCCAUUGGGCUUAAUGACUAUUUUAUUGGACUUGA